AAUUUUUAUCAAAAAAUUCAAAGAGUCCCAAUUUCUACCAACCAAAAAGAAAAACAAAAAAAAAAAAAAGAAAAAAAAAACGAAAAAAAAGAAAAAGAAAGCGAAAGAGAGAAAACGGAUAGAAAGAGAGAAAAAAAUGUCUGGUAAAAGGAGGACGGGGUCCGAUACGACGCCACUUCUGGGCAAACAACAACAGCCACUCCACCAGCAUCGUUCUCAUUCACUUCCUAAUCGCACCUCAUCACCCACUUCUCAAACUCUCUCUAUCGAGAUGGCCUCCACCAACCUCUCCGCCUCCUCCUCUUCUCUCCCACUUCGUUCUGUUUUCCUCGGCGUUGACGUCGGCACCGGCAGCGCACGUGCAGGUCUGUUUGAUGAGAAUGGGAAGCUUCUAGGUUCUUCUAGCAGCCCCAUACAGAUUUGGAAAGAGGGUGAUUGUGUUGAGCAAUCUUCUACAGACAUUUGGCUUGCAAUCUGUGUGGCUGUUAAAGCAGCAUGCUCCAUUGCAAACGUUUCUGCGGAAGAAGUUAAGGGUCUUGGAUUUGCAGCUACUUGUUCUCUUGUUGCAGUGGAUUCCGAUGGUUCUCCUGUUUCAGUAUCCUGGAGUGGUGAUUCACGGAGAAACAUAAUUGUAUGGAUGGAUCACAGAGCUGUAAAACAAGCUGAAAGAAUCAAUUCAUCUAACUCACCUGUAUUACAGUACUGUGGUGGAGCUCUUUUCCCUGAAAUGCAGCCACCGAAGCUUCUGUGGGUAAAAGAAAAUUUAAAAGAAUCUUGGUCAAUGGUGUUCAGGUGGAUGGACCUGAGCGAUUGGUUAUCAUACAGGGCUACAGGAGAUGAUACCCGGAGUCUUUGUACAACAGUUUGCAAAUGGACAUACCUUGGUCAUGCACAUAUGCAGCAGAAUGAGGAGAAAGAUUCCCGAAAUAUGGAAUCUUGUGGGUGGGAUGAUGAAUUUUGGGAAGAGAUUGGAUUAGGUGACCUCGUAGAUGGGCAUCAUGCUAAGAUUGGGCGAAGUGUAGCCUUCCCUGGCCAUCCUUUGGGUUCUGGUCUUACUUCAGCUGCUGCACAGGAACUAGGACUGUUACCAGGAAUUCCCGUUGGUACUUCACUUAUUGAUGCUCAUGCUGGAGGAGUGGGGGCAAUGGAAAGUGUGCCUGUUUCAGAUUCUGAAGCCCAAGUUAAUGAUAAGGAAGCUCUAUGCCGUCGCAUGGUGUUAGUAUGUGGAACCUCUACCUGCCAUAUGGCUGUAUCUCAGAGCAAGCUGUUCAUUCCUGGGGUCUGGGGACCUUUCUGGUCAGCUAUGGUACCUGAAUAUUGGCUCACAGAAGGUGGUCAGAGUGCUACUGGUGCAUUGUUAGAUCACAUUAUUGAAAACCAUAUUGCUUCUCCUCACCUUGCAAAUCGUGCUGCUUCUCAAAAUAUUUCUAUAUUUGAACUUCUGAACAAGAUACUAGAAACAAUGAUGCUUGAUUUGAAGCUUCCAUUUCUUGCUUCUUUGACUGAAGAGACACAUGUCCUUCCUGAUUUUCACGGAAACAGGUCACCCAUUGCAGAUCCAAAAGCAAAAGGAAUGGUCUCUGGCUUAAUUCUUGACACAAGUGAGAAGCAUCUGGCUCUUCUGUACCUUGCCACGGUACAGGGUAUUGCAUAUGGUACACGUCACAUUGUGGAUCACUGCAACGCCCAUGGUCACAAAAUUGACACAAUCCUUGCAUGUGGUGGCCUUGCAAAGAACCCCGUAUUCAUUCAAGAACAUGCAGAUAUAACUGGUUGCCCUAUUAUUCUUCCACGAGAAAGUGAGCCUGUGCUCCUGGGUGCUGCCAUUCUCGGAGCUGUUGCUGCAAGGAAAUAUUCUAGUGUGCAUGUUGCUAUGAAGGCCCUUAAUGCGGCUGGUCAGGUUAUUCAUCCAUCUAAAGACCCUAAGGUGAAGAAGUACCAUGAUGCUAAAUACCGUAUUUUUCGAGAUCUCUACAAGCAGCAGCUUUCUUAUCGUUCCCUCAUGGCCCAAGCAUUGGCGUAGUAUGUUGUGCUGCUUGGUCUUAAACUGGUGAUUGUACGAGGGUGCCCUGGUCAAUCGGUUUCCUUGUGGUGCAAAGGGUGCUGUUUAUUUUCUCUUGAGUGAAGAAUGGUUGGCUUAUGAAACUCAUGUGUUAAAAUAGAAUACAUUCAAUAUGAUCAAUAUGUUUUAAAUCCAUGAUUAUUUAGCCAAAUAUUUCGAGUCUGUGAAAUAUAAAAGAAACUGUUGUCACAGCGAAAGUGUAUACCUUAUGCCUUUAGAUUAAGGAUACGUGGCCAUGUUUGGCUUUA